UUUAAAAAAAUUUUGUCUUAUAAAUAUCAAGCAAAAUUUUGAAAAAAGAAAAUAAAAUUUAAAUAAAAAGUGUUUUAUCAUUUAAAAAAAAAUAUAAUAAAAAUUGUGUGCUCAAGAAUAUUUAGUGUAAAAUACAACAAAACAACAACAAACAUAAUGUUUAAAUUAAAAUUACAAAAAUUUGUAGUGCAACUGUGUUUGCUGGCAGUAGGUUUGCAUACAGCCCUGGCCUGUCGUGGCAAGUUAUUGGCUGCUGGCAUCACAGAAGAAGAGAAAGAGAUCGUUUUAAGAGAACACAAUAGAUUAAGGCAAACAGUGGCUACCGGCCGCUAUCCUGGCCAGCCGGGUGCUGAAAAUAUGCGUGAAAUUGUAUGGGACAAUGAAUUGGCUCAAAGAGCCCAACAAUGGGCAGAAAAUUGCGAAUUUAGACAUGAUCCUCAUAGGACAAUAAAUCGCUUUACAAUGGGCCAAAAUAUGGCUAUUAUUUGGAGUACAGCUCCUUUGGAGCCGGAUGAUGGUGAUUUUGCCUCGCGCAUACAAAAAUGGUUUGAUGAAGUACAAAAAUAUCAGUUUGGUGAUGCUUGGUCAUCCAAAACCGGUCAUUAUUCUCAGUUGGUUUGGGGUGAAACCAGUUUAGUGGGUUGCGGUUUUGCCGAAUAUAAAGAUACCUCGAAAUUUAAUAAAUUAUAUGUUUGCAAUUAUGGACCUGGUGGCAACGUUGUUGGCUUAAAGCCCUAUGAAGUUGGUAAACCAGCGUGCUCGUCGUAUGGCAUGAAGCCAUCAUCACGUUAUCAGGGUUUAUGUGCUGCACCCGAUGGCUCGACGGGAUUUAGCACCAAUGCAAUUGAAACGUAUGAUAACAACAACAACAAUAACAAAGUAACUAACAACUAUGAUUCAUACAACACAUAUAACACCCAGCAACAAACAACACAAUUCACUACUACUACUACAAAUACACAAUACAAAUACAAUAACCACAAUAACAAUAACAAAAAUAAUAACAAUAACAAUAGCAAAAAUGAAAAUAAAUUUUCUAAUGAUUAUCAACAUUAUCAACAGGCGUCCCACAAAGUACGACAAACGCAACAACAAACCACGUCCAGUGCAACGAAAAAAAUAUCAACCUACGGCGGCUACUCGUUCGGCACCAAGAACUUCGGCGGCUCGCAAACAUUUACCACAGAGACAUCGCAGCAAUACAAUAAAUACCGGAAUAAACUUGAGGCCUAUAAACCAUCACCAGAGGAAUUUAAGAGAUCCGUAUUCAAACAUACGGUACUACGGUCAUCAGUAGAUCAGGAGCAACCCUCCUCUGACGAUCAACAACAACAAGAAAAUGUAUACAAUACACCAUCACCAGCUAAACGAGGUUGGAGUUUAUUGACAUGGCGUGGUUGAAACUGUUACUUUCCCCUCAUUAUUUUUAAACCUUUCCAUUGCAUUUCCACUUACUACCUCCCCCAAGCACCUUUUCCACUCCUUCGUCUUUUGUUCUUACCAUAUUUUAAGUCUUUAUUUACGUCAUUAUUUUUUAGAAUUUAAAUUGUCUUGCUCCCUUUAUAAAGACAACAUCUCUAUUAUUAUUUUUUUUUUAAACUAAAUUACUACUGUGUAGUACAAAGUAGGGAGUUUUGAAUCGCUCGUCAUUUAUAUAAAUUUGUUGUAUACAAAAUUUGUUCAUAAAAAAGAUAAAUAAAUAAAUUUAAUACAUAUUAGAAAUUUUUAAGGAAAAUAAAAAAUUAGCAGCGCCAUCAACCACCCCCAUCCAAACAAAAUAUUUUGAAUGGCGACUCUUGCGAAACUUAAUGGUUAUCAACGAAUUUAUCUGCAACACAUUUUCGAAAUUUCAUUUUAUGUGCAACACAGUAAUUAUCUAAAAUAGGUUUUUCAAAUAAUUUUUAAUCGGUUAAGCGAAGAAUUAAUAAUUAAUAUGUAAUGUUAUCUUGAUCUGAUAACCGGUUAUUAAUUGUUCAGUUAACCGAAUAAGAUAAAAUCUAACUUUUGAUAAAUAUUCCAGCAGUUAACCGAAUAACACU